UUAUGAUUUCCUGUUAUCUUAAAUACGAAGUAACUUGAAAGCGAGUAACGUUGCUGUUGUAUUUCCUUUUGACGAUUAUUAUUGACCUUGUGUAAGUCGAUAGGCCAAGUUGUUCAGUGUAUUAUUGUGUUGUUAGAGCGACGGCAUAAGGAAAUAUAGGUCCUAGUUGAACAAAAGUGGGGCAAGAGGAACAAAUCCUGUAUUUUAUUUCAAUAUUAUAAUGGAUUGGAGGACAGGUCUAGUGGCGCUCUGUUUGGUGCUUUAUGCUGAUGCUUUUUCUAAAUACGGAAGGACGUGUAGAGACAUAGGAUGUUUGAACAGCGAGGUGUGCGUGUUGGCCGAGGACCCCUGCUCGUUUGGCCGCUCCACCGACUGCGGAACGUACCCUACCUGCAAGAAGAAGUCUAAAGUAGAAGGCACCCAUUCUGAACCCGCUCAGCCCUCGGUACCGAAACCGGCGCCGCACACUCCCACGAACGACUUCGACUCCCCACCUCAUUAUCCUGCGCCAGCGCCGCCUUCGCCAAACAUGGGGAGCAAUACGCACGCAGGAGGCUCGCCAUACGGCGGCAACUCGCCUUACGGAGGCAACUCGCCUUAUGGCGGGAACUCACACACCGGAGGCGGUUCCUCUUAUGGUGGUAGCUCACCUUAUGGUGGAAAUUCGCCUUACGGUGGUAGUUCUCCGUAUGGCGGUUCAACAGGCGGUCAUUCGCCAUACGGAGGCAAUUCGCCUUACGGAGGCAGUUCGCCAUAUGGAGGAUCAUCCAACCGCGGUGGAAAUAACCCUUACGGAGGAAGUUCGCCUUACGGUGGCUCCAAUCCAACAGGAACAAAGAGUCCGUUGGAUAACAUCUUUAAUACACUAAACAACUUCGCCAACGGCGGAGGUACAGGAACGGGAACCGGCGGUCAAGGUCUAUCCAACAUCUUCGGGAAUAUACUGGGAACUUUAUCCAAAAACGGAGGUUUGACUGGUUUCGUAAACACUAGGCCUUUAAUGGAGAACCCUAAUUAUGCGUCGCACAGUUCGAAUUCGAGGAGUGCUAAUCCCCAAAAUUAUCCAUCAGGCCAGCCAGCGUACCAAGCGCCAAGUCAGAACAAGAACUAUGGACAAAGUAAUGCCCAUUACAACGCAGGCACUACGAGAAAACCGGCGACCUAUGGCUGGAACUUCGGUGUGGCCAUGUUGACAUAUGUGGUACAUCACUACAUCUACAGUGUGGUACUCAACUAAACGAUAUGUAGAAAAAUAUUUUAUUUUUAACUAAAUUGUGAUAUAUAUAUAUUCAGGUGCCUUGUGAUUAAUUGUUGCCGUCAAAUAUUAUGUAUAUGUUGUGAAAUUAUUAACAUUAAAUUUUAAUUUUA